UUCAGGUGAAUCUAUGAAUCUUUUGGCACAUCACAAACGAGUUUCAAGGGCAUUACCAAACACGAAAUUCUGUCCAGAAAAUUCAUAUUGCAUGCCGAUAUCUUCGUGUCCGAUUCUGAAGGAGAUCAUCAAAAAUGAAUGCGUAAUAUCCAAUAGGGUGUCGUCGCUCGGAUGCGGAUACCAAGGAUCCGGUCUAGUGUGUUGUCCGCAAAUCUCUGAAGCCACUUCAGUCAAUCAUGAUAAAUUAGUGGAUGGACAAUUAUGCGGACAAUCAGCUAUACAGGGACAAGAUUAUGAUGGGAUAGGUGCAUAUCCCUGGGCCGUUCGUAUCGGAUUCAAAAAUGUAAUCAACGGGGAGGUGAAGUAUCCAUGCACAGGUUCCAUUAUAAACAAACGCGUCAUCCUGACAGCAGCCCACUGCGCCUUAGCCAAAGCCGACAAUUACAAACUGUAUAAUGUGAGGAUUGGAGAAUACUCAACAGACACUGACAUCGAUUGCGGCGAAGAGUUUUGCGGUCUUCCUGUACAGGAUAUUCAAAUAAGCCACGUGGUCGUGCAUCCUGGUUACGAAAAGCGCAAGUACAAGAAUAACAUUGCGUUGAUCGUCCUCAGAUCACCUCUCAAUUACACAGUGACGGCUCAGCCGAUAUGUCUGCCGGAAUCAUGGUCCAUCACCAACAAUAAUGGGAUCCUAGUUGGCUGGGGUAAAAGUGCAUCACAAUCCGAAGCAUCAGUUCAUCAGCAAAUCUUGCAUCUGCCAAUUGUCAAUCUUAAGAAGUGCUCCAACGUCUACGGAAAUACUCUACCGAUAACUGAGCAGAAUGUGUGCGCUGGUGGAGAGAAAGGAAAUGAUGCGUGUUCCGGUUUUGGUGGAGCUCCGCUUUUAGUCCAACACGGUGCAUACUAUUAUCAGGUUGGCAUCCUUUCGUUCGGUUCUGAUCAGUGCGGAGCUCAGGGCGUCCCAAGUGUUUAUACAAACAUAAAGAAAUACGUAAAUUGGAUCAAAGAAAACUCUCCAGUAAUCUACAACAACUGAUUUAAUUUUACUUUUCUGUUGCU